AGUCCGGAAGAAUGAUAACUGCAGGAAUCUUCAAAUCACUGAAAAGCACAAUUUUCCUCUCCUUCCGCAGAGGGAUGGCUUUCACAGAGGCCAAGAUACGAGUGGAGGAUGUGAAUAUAAACUAUGUGAGAGUCGGAAGUGGUGAUAAGGCUGUUCUUUUGAUGCCCGGUGCUUUGGGAUCUGCCCGGACAGAUUUCGGUCCGCAAAUCGACCAACUUCCCAGUCUUCUGCCCAAUUACACAAUCAUCGGAUGGGAUCCUCCAGGCUAUGGGAAGUCAGUUCCACCGAGAAGACUGUUCACGGUGGAUUUCUUCCACAAUGACGCAAAAUAUGCCCACAAACUGAUGGAGAAAUUGGCCUUUCCCACCUACUCGAUCCUUGGAUGGAGCGACGGAGGAAUUACCGGCCUCAUCCAGGCUGCAAAACACCCGGGAGCUGUGGAAAAUCUCGUGAUAUGGGGCUCAAAUGCAUACGUGGACCCAAAGGAGGUCCAAAUCUAUGAAAGCAUUCGUGAUGUCAGCAAAUGGUCAGAAAGGAUGAGAAAGCCAAUGGAAGAAGUGUACGGCAAACAGGAAUUUCCCAAACUCUGGAGCGAAUGGAUUGAUACCCUUCUCACGAUAUACAAGGAAAAGGACGGAAACCUCUGCAAGGAACUCUUGAAAGACAUUCACUGUCCAACGCUGAUCCUCCACGGCGAAAAAGAUCCAAUGAUUGUGCCUGAACAUGUGCCGUUUUUGAUGGACAAGAUCAAAGGGGCUCGUCUACGCAGCUUCCCAGACGGCAAACAUAACAUCCACCUUCGUUAUGCCCAGGAAUUCAACCAGGAAGUGGCCAAUUUCCUCAUCAAAUCGCCAAAAUUGUAAUUUGUUGACAUU